AUGCGCGAAGGGGACCGAUGGGUAGCUAGUGGUCGACCACGUCGACCGGUAGUCGCGGGGCGGCCGGACUUGGCCGGCGUCGACGGCGGAGUCGACAUCCGCGGCGGCACGGGCGGCUACCGGAACAGGCGCGGUGGGGCGAUGCGAGGCGGGCAGCGGGCGGGUACGGCGCGGGGAAGGGAGAAGGGACUGGAGGCCGGAGGUGGCCUCACCGGCGUUGGAGAGAAGUGGGGCGGCGAGGCUCGGGGGCGACCGUUGUGGAGGGGGAUGGGGACGGGCGUCGUCGCCGUGUCGGGGAGGCGGACGCAGUCCGGCGAGGAGGAGGACGGGGACGCGGCGACGGCGGGGCAGCGUCAGGCGGCUUCGGGUCCUCGUGCGGCGGCGAUGUCGGGUCGCGCGGUGGUCGAGGCGGCGAAGAACCUGCGGGGCGGAGGCGGCAGCCCUCGGGCGCGGGCGUGCUCGCCGGGGCCGCGGGGAGCAGCGGGGAGGAGGCCGUGGCGUGGGGUGGCCUUCUGUGCCGGCGAGCCCCGCCGUCGCGCUCGUCUCCGCGCGCCCUCGCUCCCUCUCCCUCUCCCUCGCGCGCUCGCGCUCGUCGCCGCAGCCCCCGCGCGCGCGCUCACCGCGCUCACUACAUCGGCCGCGCGCCCCGGCCGAAUCGCCCGUGCCACGGCCUCCUCUCCCCUCCCGCACCGUCCCGCGUGCUCGCCGCCCGCCCCGCACUACUCCGCCCGCGCACGCCGCUCAGGGCCGCACCCCGCGCCCCGCCCCUGUCCAUGCAUCGCCGCGCGCACCCCGCGGCCAUGCGAUGCGCCCGCCAACCUCCUCGCUCCGGCCACCACCCGCCGCCGCCUCCUCCCCUGCUGCUUGCUCGCCGCCGACCACCCCCCCUGCUCGCUGCUGCUGCUCGCUGCGGGGCUCGGCCGCGCCCCCGCGCCCCUGGUGCUGCUCCCCCCGCCUCCCAGCCGCCCUAUCGCCGCAGCGCCGUCGGCCACCGCGGCUGCACUGGCCACCGGCCCCGCCUCGCCGCACUCUCUGCGGGCGAGCGCCCGUCCAGGCGCCCACACCCGCUAG